AUGGAAAAAAAAGUAAUAAUUGAAAAUACUCAACAUCCUGAAUUUGGAGAGAUAUCAAAAUUAAGUGGCAUAGGAAUAAGAAUAGGCGAGAUCUCAGGAGCACUUAUAGAAGAUGAUUAUUUCGAACUGACUGAACAAGAGCAAUCUGAUUAUUUCCACAAGAAGGGAGUUUUUAACAACUUUGAUGAUAUAUACUUUUCAUUGGGUGAAUUUGAAGCUAUUCAUAUUGAUAAUAGUCUGAUAGAGAAUUAUAAUGCAGAAAAUGAUUUAAAGGAUGUACCAUUAAUCGAGAUUACAAUUAUGAAUUCAUAGCUAUCUGAUUAGAUGCUGAAAGACUUGCUGUAAUCAAUCAAUGUGUAAUACUUAUACACUCUAAAUUUAUCUAACAAUCAACUUGGGUUGUGUGAUUUGAAGGAAUUUGAAGAAAUUAUUGAUAUCCUUAAUAAAAAGGGAGCAAAAAAUGUUAAACUUACUUUAAAGGGCAAUCCAAUAAUACAAAAGUAUUAAGAGGAGAGAGGGAGUUUACCAACGAUUGAAAGUUGGCCUUAUACAUGCAUUGCUCAAUUAAUUUGGUCUUGA